AAGAUGGCGUCGCGCGAGAGAAAUUAGUGCCGAACUUCGCUUCAAAACAAACGUCGCUCGGGUUACGCUGCAUUCGCGUUGCUGCUUGUUUCGUGAAAAAAAAAAUAGCGUCGGGUUAAGGAUUUAUACUUUUUCCUCUUUGGAUAAAUUGCAAAAGCGGCUCUUCUGCAUCUUCUUGUUUAUGGCUAUGGAUUUUUACAGUUCCAUGUUAAUAAUGAACUCGGAUAAUCAUCAUGGAGUGACCCGGACUGCUAGCGAAUAUGCUAACCGGCUAACUCGCUAAAGCGCUCGCCUGAAGCUCGGGGUCGGCCUGUGUGUGGAUGUGAAGGCGCUCGGAGUUCGCUUUCAACGCCGACACGGAUUAUUUGUGUUCGCCAUGUAUUUUCUGACCGGCUGGCCGCGGAGGCUGCUGUGCCCGCUGCAGAGCGCCGAGGAGCCCUUCCACAUCCAGCCCAGCUCACAGCGCUUUUACUUCGCCGUGCUGUCCGACACACAGCUCAGUAUCUGGUUCAGCAGGCCCAGCGUUCUGAUAGUGAGUUAUAUCGAAUCGGAGAAGGCAGCUGCUCAGUUUGGUUUCUAUCAGCAGGCCGAAUGGAAGCCAGACGACUCCAUGAUCGCUGUGGCGGCUGCUAACGGAUACGUGCUGCUGUUCGACAUUGUCGGAGGCGGGGAUGAAAAGUAUCUGUACGAGCCCAUCUAUCCAAAGGGUAGUGCGCGUGUGAAGGUUACUCCCGGGUAUAAAGAGGAACAAUGUGCUCCUGCGCUCAGUGUGGAAAUGAAGAAGCCAGUCGACCUGGAGGCUCCUAUUACCAGUCUUCAGUCUCUGCAGGAAGAUUUGUUGGUGUGUACGGCUGAUGGCUAUCUGCACAUGCUGCACUGGGAUGGAGUGUGUAACGGCCAGAGAGCUGUAAACCUCAGCACCAUUCCUUUCUCUCUGGACCUGCAGUCAUCACGCGGUGGGCCUUGUUUGGAUCUGAACGGCGUCCAUGUCCGAGAAAUGGAAUAUUGUAUGACGUUAGAUGGCUUUGCGGUCGUGCUCGAUGACGGAAGGCUCGGCUUCAUCACGCCAACCGCGAACAGGUUCUCCACUGAGCAGUUGCAGGGCGUUUGGGCAGCAGAUGUGACAGAUGGCACGUGUGUAGCAGUGAACAACAAAUACAGACUGAUGACUUUCGGCUGUGCAAGUGGCUCAGUGUUGGUCUACAUGAUAGACAACACUACAGGAUCAAUGCAGCUGUCGCACAAAUUGGAGUUAAGCCCCAAACACUACCCAGAUAUUCAUAAUAAAACAGGUCCGGUUAAGCUCAUCCGUUGGUCUCCGGACUGCAGCGUUGUCAUGGUGACCUGGGCAUGUGGCGGUCUCUCUAUGUGGAGUGUGUUUGGAGCUCAUCUCGUCUGCACGCUCGGAGAAGACUUCACGUAUCGAUCAGAUGGCACGAAGAAGGAGCCACUAAAGAUCAGCUCUAUGAGCUGGGGGGCAGAGGGUUACCACCUGUGGGUGAUUGGCAGCACGCAGGCGGGCAUGGAGCAGUCUGCACAGUUAAGCCAGGCCUCCAUCCUGCAGUUUCAGUUCAUUAAGAGUGCACUCACAGUCAAUCCUUGUACGAGUAAUCAAGAGCAGGUGCUCCUCCACGGUGAGGAUCGGCUGCUGAUGACGUGUGGAGAUGCUGCAGUUCAGAUACACAACCAGGAGCAGCAUUCAGCACGGAGCACAACACACACACAGCUCAGCACUUUACUGGGACACAAACACUGGCACAUCGUGCAGAUUCACAGUACAUAUCUAGAAACUAACUGGCCAAUACGGUUUGCAGCCAUAGACUCCGCAGGCCAGUGUUUGGUGGUAGCAGGGAGACGCGGAUUUGCACAUUACUCAUUAUAUGCCAGGAAAUGGAAACUGUUUGGAAACAUUACACAGGAACAGAGCAUGACUGUGACUGGAGGUCUCACCUGGUGGAAUGACUUUGUCGUCGUUGCCUGUUACAACUUCAUCGACCAGCAGGAGGAGCUGAGAUUAUAUCUCCGCUCCUCGAACCUCGACAACGCCUUUGCAAGCGUUACAAAGCUGCAUGCUGAAACUUUGCUGCUCAAUGUAUUCAGAAACACAAUCAUUUUGUUUCGCACCGACUGUUCCAUCUGCCUUUAUAGCAUUGAAAAGAAGCAAGACAGCUCUUCAGUGUCUGUAGAUUUACUACAGGAAGUGUCGAUGUCGCGUUACAUCCCUCAUCCUGCACUGGUGGUUUCGGUCACGCUCACUUCAGUCAGAACAGAGACGGGAAUGUCACUGAAAACCCCACAGCAGGCAUGUAAUGCAGAAAGUAUUUUGUUGAAUUUGGCCGGUCAGCUCAUUAUGCUGCAGAGAGAUCGGUCUUGCCCACAGGUACGAGACAAGGACACUUCAGCCAGUCAGAAAACACUGCUGCCUUUUUCUCCUCCCGUGGUUCUGGCUCAGUGUGUGGAGAGUGUGUGGGCCUCGAGUCACUCAGGCUCGAAAAAGCGCCACCUGGUGGAGGCUCUGUGGCUGUCAUGUGGCGAGUCAGGGAUGAAGGUGUGGCUCCCACUGUUCCCACGCCGCGAGAACCGCAAACCACACUCGUUCCUCUCGCGCCGCAUCAUGCUCUCUUUCCUCCUUGACAUCUACCCGCUCGCCGUGCUAUCGGAGGACGCGCUCGUUUUGGGUGCUGCUAAUGACACUCUUCUUUAUGACUCUUCUUUUUUCUCCAAAGAUGGCCUCGGAGGAAAUUCCUCCUCUUUGGAGGGCACGGGAGGAGAUGCUUCCACCAAAGAAAGCCUUUCUCGCAGGCCCUCCACGUUUUCUUUGUCCCGGGAGCCCCCGGAGUCGUUUUUUCCCUUCUGUCUGGUAGAAAGGACAUCUCAGAUCUACCUCCACCACCUCCUCCGUCAGCUGUUGGUGAGAAAUUUGGGCGAGCAGGCCUUGUUGUUGGCUCAGUCAUGCUCGUCGCUGCCUUAUUUCUCACACGUGCUAGAGCUAAUGGUGCACGUGGUGCUGGAGGAGGAGGCCACGUCUCGUGAGCCAAUCCCGGACCCGCUGCUGCCCACCGUGGCCAAGUUCUUGGCCGAAUUUCCUCUGUUCCUGCGCACCAUCGUCCACUGCGCCCGCAAGACCGAGUUCAACCUCUGGAACUACCUGUUCGCUGCUGUCGGGAAUCCAAAAGAUCUCUUUGAGGAGUGCAUCAUGGCACGGGACCUGGACACGGCAGCUUCGUAUCUCAUCAUACUGCAGAACAUGGAAGCGCCAGCAGUGAGUCGUCAGCACGCUACUCUCCUCUUCAACACGGCACUUGAACAAGGAAAAUGGGAUCUCUGUCGUCACAUGAUCCGAUUCCUCAAGGCCAUUGGGUCAGGGGAGAGCGAGACUCCACCCACCACUCCAACCAGUCAGGAGCCGAGCUCUACCGGAGGAUUUGAAUUUUUUCGCCAUCGCAGCAUCAGUCUGUCUCAGUCAGCAGAAACUGUUUCUACAGGAAAAUUCAACUUGCAGAAAACCUUCAGCAUGCCUUCAGGACCGUCCACUAAAGGUAAAGAGAGCGAUAGUGCUGAGAACAUGUACAUCGACAUGAUGCUAUGGCGUCACGCGCGGCGUUUGCUGGAGCAGAUCCGUCUGAAGGAUCUCGGCUGUUUCUCGGCCCAGCUGGGCUUCGAGCUGAUUGGCUGGCUGACCCGUGAGCGCACACGUGUUGCUCGUAUCGUUAACUUUGUCGCUGCCCUUAAAUGCCUCCAUAACGACUUCCUGUGGCCUUUUCCUGUUCUCCCUGCUGGAUCGCCACUCAAAAACGGACGCUGUCGAGCAGUGUUGAGCACACGUCUGCUCAAGUCCCAGUCUAACGACAGCUUACUGAACAGCGAUAUGGACACGGCACCGCCUCCGAUCACAACCAAUCACAGCUGGUUGGAUGGACUGGGGGCGGAGCCUAAAGAGAUCGACUCGGCCUCUUCACACGGCGCUCCACAAACACAAGAAGCCUUUCUGUCUCCUCUCAUCAAUAAAACGGAGGAGUGCAGUAUCGGCUCAGCCACAGAUCUAACGGAGACCAGCUCCAUGGUAGAUGGUGAUUGGACGAUGGUGGACGAGAACUUCUCCACCCUGAGCCUUAGCCAGUCGGAGCUGGAGCACAUUUCCAUGGAGCUGGCCAAUAAGGGUCCUCACAAGUCUCAGGUGCAGCUGAGGUACUUGCUGCAUGUGUUUUUAGAGGCGGGAUGUUUGGAAUGGAGCAUCGUGAUUGGUCUGAUUCUGCGUGAUGUCAACGUCAUUAAGAAAGUGUUGGGCUUUUUGGAUGCUGCAGAUACAGAAACGGUUCAGAGCAUACAAGCCGGCCUCAUCGCUAUCGACCAGUGGGCUUCGUCUGAUUGUCUGGGUUACAAGCCUUUCCUGAACCACAUUGCUCCUGAGCUGCAGAAGCCGUGCAACGUCUCCGUGGAUCAGAUUCAGCUCGACUCGUUUCAGCCGUCCGUUUCCAAGAUGGCCGACCCAGUUCUGCCCCGAGUGGAGGAGCAUCGCGGGGUCACGAACUUUACCCUCCCCAUGACUCUUGAGAUCCCUGCCGGCUCCGUCCCUCGCAUUCUGGAGGACAGCCGCAAGGAGGAAUCCGAGGACGAGGCAGCUGAGGAGGGCGCUUACGACUGCACGCUCUCGUGAUUUCAAGAGAGCGGAGAAUCAGUGGGCUCUGGAUUCCUCUACGUUGUGUAUGUUGUGUCCACCCUCUUAUUCCCCAAGCAUCAUGCAUUAUGGGUCAUAGCAGGAAGCACAGGCAGAAGGCAGGAACUUUGUCUGGGUUUCAGUUGCACAUCUUCAUGCGUCAAAGUGUAGUAAGGGGCGCUACAGAGAGAACGCAGGACGGGUUUGUGGUCUCUUAUUCACCGUGUAGGGCUCACGUCAUCAUGGAGUCGAUAUAACAGUACGUGACCUCGUGUGCCAGUGAAACAGUCUGGCAGAGCGUUCAAAACUAUAACGAAGUGGUCAGUGUUUUUAUAAAAAUGCUUGUGGUGCAUCUGAAAGCAAGAAAGAGACGUAGAUUUAAACGGUAAAAGCAACAGAAUUCAUAAUAAUCAAAUUAACCCCACCGCACUGAAAUGUGUUCCUAAAAGUCCACGCAUCUUUUCCGUCGGCAUCCUUGAAAUUCAACAUCGCGUUCUGAGUUACUCAUUUUAAAAAGCCAUGUUUCCAGAAAAUCAAGGAUCUGUAAAUCAAAUGUUUUUCAGCGACCGCAAAUUCAGAUUCGAUAAUUAAUUACAUUUUCACGUUUAAAAAAAAAAUUCAGAGGUAUUCACGAAGAUUCCCCCCAAGUAAGACGUUUCCAUGCUAUGAACUCGAUGGGUAUUUAAUGUUCAAAUCAUUUGUGACUUAUUACGUUAUCGAUACUACAUGGCCGCGUCACCCAGCUCCGAGACAAACGGGACAGGGACUAGUCUUGUCCUAAAUCAUGCGACCUCAUUAGGACGCAAUUUGAACAAAUGUACUUCCUGACAAGCUCUCGUCUCCUCAAGAGAGCCGGAGAGAUGAGACCACCUGUACGGGAUGAUGUGUGGCCUGCGUAGUGAAUAAGGGACGGGUAGGACAGAAGAGAUUCGGAGCUCGUGCGUGUGUGUGUGUGGUAUAGGUAAUGCUGCACUUCUGAUGUGUUUCUCCUGUGUUCUAACACCAGUAUUACUAUUGAUCUCCAAGAGGAGGCCGUAUUUCCAAAAUGAUUUGUAAGUUUAGCUCUUGAGUGACCUUUCAGUUUGUGGGGUGGAGGGGCGACUUUAUACAGUAUAAGAAGAAUCAAAUUUGCACAUCCACAUGAUUUUAGUUCAUCCGAAAUGCAGAUGUUGAUUCAUUAUACGUGCGGUUCCUGACGCCUAUGGUUUAGCUGUAGCUUUUACCAUUUUUCACCCCUUACUACCGUCUAUCAAAAAGUAUUUUCAGCCUUCUCAGAUGAAGACUGAGCCCAAAUACAAUUCAAGCAUAUGAAAUGAUCUCGAAGACGUGCGUUUGCUCGGGAUAAGUUACUACUUCGGGCAACUUCGAAUCGUGAAUUCACAACUCGUUUAUGGUUUUGGGAGCCAAUAGAAAAAAAGGGGGUGGGUUUGUUUCUCAAUUAUGCUGAUUUUUAGUAUCGUCAACAUUGUUUGGGGUGGGUUUUUUUUAGUAAUUGCAUUCUCCACAUGUGCUCAGGAGAUUUAUAUAAUGACUGACUGCACCACUGGCGGUUUGUAUCUUAUUCACAACCUAUUAUUUAAACUUUAUUAUUAUUAUAAGGCCAGGUAUUGGGAAAUGUGGACAGAAAGGAGGGGGGGGGAUUUCCAAAUCAUCCAUACUCAGUCUGUACUCGAUCACAGUAUAUUUUUUUUUCCACCUUUAUUGGAUAGGACAGUGUAGAGACAGGAAAUGAGCAGGGGAGGGAUCGAGAAAUGACCUCGGGUCAGAAUCGAACCCGGGUCCUCGGAUUUAUGGUGCGGCGCCUUAUCCACCUGAGCCACGACGCCCCUGAUGAUCACAAUAUUUUAACCAUACCAUGAUGAACUACACCUCCAGAGAAUUUUUUUAUUUUUCUCCCUCCUCAGCGUUUUUAUCAUUGUGUAAUGAGGAAAAAGAAACGGUACAAAAACAAAUUUUGACUCUGCAGCCAGUUAUUCGUGUCUAACUGCAGGGCGAUAAAAUCACCGAGAGAAACGAUCACAUCUCUAAAUCACGUGGUCGGAUUAUCCAGCCCCAUCACAAGCACAAGAAAGAGAUUGAAGUGGUUUUUUGUACAGCGAGUGUCUAUUUGCAUUUUCCUUUCUUUCCAGCAGCACAGCCUUAUUUCCAUGUUGUACUGAUUUGUUUUUCAUUCCCUCUGUCAUUAGGAAGUGCGGAUUUGAAUUAUUAUUUUUUUUAAGUCAGCUGUGAGAAUUUAAUACCUCAUUUAUUAUCGUUGUCUGCAUUCAAAAUACGACACUUCUCCCCCAAGUCCUUUUUGCUUCUUGUUGUGCAAGUUGCGUGUUUGUAGCUUGAAAAAGAAUUUACAGCUUCACGUUUGUCUCAUGUAUAUUCAGUAACAAUGCGCAUCCAGUUCAGUAUGUUUAGCUGUGUAGUCACGAUGUUGCUUUUGGUUGAGGGUGUGGUUUUUGUUUGUUUGUUUUUUUUGUACGAGUGAGCUCAUUAUGUCAUCAUCGUGUUUAUUCACUAGCAUAAAAUGUAUCAAACACGCAGCGUUUGUUCAAGUCUCUCAAACGCACAACCCUGCACACGUUAAGUAUUAAUCCAGAUUAUCGAUCAUGUGACAACACUCGAUCUUGAGGGCUGUGAGCUUUUCAUUCCUACACUUAUAAAGAGCUGCUGCAGUGUGUGAGCUCAGGCUUCAUUGGCCAGCAUUAUUAUUAUUAUUAUUAUUAUUAUUAUGUUGUACUACAUUUUAUUUAAAUUUUUUUUUGCUCACUGUUUUCACCUUUUGGGGCUUUAAGAUUGUGUGUAAUAAUGGCAACAAAGCCACAAGGUACACAAAGAGUAACCUGAAGAAUGAAUUUGUAAUUUUAUUUUAUUUUAUUUUUGGUUGGGGGAGCUGAUGAUGAGGUAAUAUAGUAUUACGUAACUCUUAAAAAUGAACAUAUUCUGGAUUCUAACCUGAGAUGGAAAAUUGCUGUUGGAUUUAAAUCCCUCUUCAGUUCUUGACUGACGGAUGAUUUCACACUCCGUGUAUAAAACGGCAGUUUCAUGGUUUGCUUACUAUGUUUCUGGUCACUUCAGUAUUAUUGCUUUGUGUAUCCCUGUGCAAUGAUGAAAGCAGCAGCUCUUUUUUUUUUGGACUGUCACACGUCCUGCAUAUGGACCAAACUUGCUGCUCCUCAGGUCAAACGUACUUAUGAUGGCUUAUUCCAUGAACUUUAACCCCUUCGGACACACGGAAAAAAUGCUAUGGAACUUGGUGUGUACGAUUGUGCACGUUCUGUCCGAACGGGAUAAAGCAGCUCAUUGGCAGAGUUCUCCAUGCUCUUGCAUUUCAGUUAAUGUGUGUUUCUUUUUCCCCUCCUCCGUCUGUGUUAAACAUUUCCAGCAUGUGUAUUUAGAGUAUAUAUUUUGUGUGUGUGUAUAUACUCUGCUUUAUUUAGUCUGCUUACCAAAGAAGCGAUUUUAGGCCCACAUGCAGCUUUGAGCUGAUUUAAAUAUGCAAAUUGAAUUUAAAGUUUUCCCUGUCACAAAAGGAUUCCAUCUGUCUGUUUUCUCCUGUGUCUUUAGAUUAUGUUAAAGCUAAAGUGGUGCAAUGGAGGAAUAAGCAUCCAGCAUAGGGUGGGUGUGUGUGGGGUGGUGUUUUUAAUGAUCAUUUCAUUUGUUCUUAAUGAACAGGUACUUAUUUCACACAGGACUUUUCUGAACAGAAAUCGGACUUCCUUCCUGUGUGGACUGUUGACGUGAUGUAACGGGGGAAUCUGUAGUGGUGCAAGAUGCCGCUCUGCAUCAGGAAUACGUGUGCGUGUAGGCGUGGAUGAUAAAUUCUUGUACAAUUCACUUUUUCUACCAAGUUUCUAGAGCUUUUCCUGUACAUAAAGAACAAUAAAUUAUUUUUAAAAUCA